AUGUGGCUUGCGCUUCUUCUCGUCGCCCCUCUCCUGGUGUCAGGGCACUUGAUUGAGGUGCCGGCUUCCAAGAAGGAAUGUUUCUUUGAGGACCUCCAUGUGAACGACAAAAUGACAGUGACGUACCAAGUAGGAGGUGGAGGUCACCUUGACAUUGACUUCUGGCUCGCGGACCCAGACAAUAUUGCGCUCGGCAAGCACAUAAAGGAAUCUCAGGGCACUGUUCAGAUUACUGCCAAGAAGGAUGGUCGCUAUGAGUACUGUUUCUCCAACCAAAUGUCCACAGUGGUGGACAAGAUGGUCAGCUUCAACGUACACGGGGUCAUUUAUGUCGAUGACGAAGACAUUGUGUCCCCCAUCGAGCGUGAAAUCCGUGCCCUGUCACACGGCCUUACCGCCGUCAAGGAUGAACAAGAGUACAUUGUCGUUCGCGAGCGGACACAUAGGAACACCGCUGAGUCAACGAACGCUCGUGUCAAGUGGUGGUCUAUCCUCCAGGCAAUCGUUCUGUUCUCUGUUGUAGCGUGGCAGGUGUGGUACCUCAAAUCGUUUUUCGAGGUCAAACGCGCAUUCUAG